AUGAAUUAUGUUGUGACAGUUCAACAACCUACUGAAGUAACAGCAGUUGCAACGGGUUAUUUUACUUCAGCAACUGAAUUCAAUUUAAUUGUUGCGAAAAAUACACAUUUUGAAAUAUAUAUUAUUACUUGUGAAGGUGUUAAAUUAAUCAAAGAUGUUUCUAUAUAUGGAAGAAUUAAAAUACUCAAAUGUUUUCGUUUAUCUAAUAUGAACAAAGAUGUUUUAUUUAUUUUGACUGAUAAAUCUCAUGGAAUGAUAUUAGAUUGUCAAAAAACAGAGAAUGAUCCAUAUGAAAUAUUAACAAAAUGUCAUGGUUCAUUGAAAGAUAAUAAUAGAGCUUCAAUUCAACCUCCAUCUUGUACAAUAGAUACUAAACAUAAUCUUAUAUUAUUACGUAUAUCAGAAGGAAUUAUCAAACUUAUCUAUUUAAAAGACUUGACAUCAAGAAAUCUUGAAGCUUAUAAUAUCAAAAUUAAUGAACAAUAUAUAAUUGAUAUUCAAUUUUUAUCUGAUCAUCAAAAACCAACAUUUAUCAUUUUAUAUUCACGUAAACCAGAAUCAUAUUAUAUUAAUAGUAAUGAACCAGAAGAAUAUUAUCUAUGUACUUAUGAAAUUGAAGUAAAAGAACGUGAUAUAAGAAGAUUAACUUGGACAGAAAAACUAACAUUAUCUAAAGCAUCUUUUCUUAUUCCAAUUGGACAAAAUGAUUUCAGUGCACUUGUUAUCGGUAGAAAUUCUAUUGAAAUAUGUAAAGAAAAUAAUAAAAGAUUAGAAAUUAAAUCAUCUUUACUUCAGAAGACAACAUCUAUCAUAUGUUAUUGUACAAUUGAUGAAGGUUAUCGAUAUUUAUUAAGUGAUGAUUGUGGAAAACUUUAUUUAUUAAUUCUUGAACAUGAUAAACAUAAUGAAAAUUUAUCAAUAACAGUUACUAACAUAAAACUAGAUUUACUUGGCGAGAUUUCAACUAGUCGAUAUAUUAUAUAUUUAAAUAAUAAUCUUGCUUUUAUUGGUUCAAAUUUUGGUGACAGUCAACUUAUUCGGAUUUUUUCUGAACAACAAAAUGGUAGUCAUUUCGAAAUACUUGAAUCCUAUGCAAAUCUUGGACCCAUUCUCGAUAUGUGUUUCAUUGAUGUCGAACGACAAAGUCAACAAUUAGUAACAUGUUCAGGAAAUAGAAAGGACUCAUCAUUGCGUUUUAUUCGAACAGGAAUUGGAAUUCAUGAACAUGCAUCAAUUGAUUUACGAAAUAUCAAAGGAAUUUGGGCAUUGAAAAUCAAUAAUCAAUAUGAUAAUCAUCUUGUUGUUGCAUUCUUUGAUCAAACAAGAUUAUUUCAUUUACAAAAUGAUGAAAUCGAAGAAGUUGAAUUAUCUGCAUUUGAUUAUCAACAUCAAACAUUAUUUUGUACUAAUGUUACAUCUAAUCAAUAUUUACAAAUAACAACCUAUUCCAUUCGUUUAAUUGGUGAUUCUGGUCAGGAUUUAUUGGUUGAAUGGAAAAAUAUGAACGAUGAAAUAACAGUUGCUUCAGCAAAUACAACACAAUGUGUAUGUGCUAGUGGUAAUCAAUUAUUUUAUUUUGAAAUUGGUUCGGGAAAUUUAACAGAGAUCAAUAAAUGUGAAUUACCACAUAAUAUUGCUUGUUUGGAUAUAACACCAUUAGAUAUUCGAGAAGAACGAACGAAUCUGUGUGUUAUUGGUCUUUGGACGCAAAUAUCUAUUUGGAUAUGUCGAUUACCAACACUUGAUAUUUUACAUAAAGAAUUAUUAACAUCAGAUACAUUACCACGAUCUGCUGUUAUGAUAACAUUUGAUGAUCAACCAUAUGUUUUUGUUUCGUUAGCUGAUGGUCCAAUUAUUUAUUAUUUACUUAAUUCUGAACAAGGUUUAUUAUAUGAACGAAAGAAAGUUUCAUUAGGUACAAAACCUACAACAUUAACUAUUUGUCAACAUACAGAUUUAUCCAAUAGUUCAACUGUAUCAUCACGUACUGUUCUAUUUGCUUGUAGUGAUCAUCCAUCAGUAAUAUCAUUAUCAAAUAAUAAAAUUGUUUUUUCAUCGGUUAAUUUACAUGAAAUUGUUUGUAUAUGUUCAUUUAAUUCGGAAUAUUAUGGAUCAAGUUUAACAUUAGUUACAGAUAUGGGUGUUAUACUCGGUCGAAUUGAUGAUAUACAAAAGUUACAUGUACGUUCAUUAGUAUUAGGUGAAUCAGUACAACGUAUUGUUUUUAUGGAUGAAGAAAAAAUUUAUAUUAUUCUAACACAAUAUAUGGAUGUAUAUAAGUCAGAUAGCAUUGUAUCUAUUAGCAAACAAGCACAUCAAAAAAUAGAUUGUACAACAAAGAUAAAAGCAAUUGAAGAUUUAACAAAUCAACAAUCUAGUAAUGCUUCGAAUUCAAUUGUUAUUCUUGAUCAACAUACACGUGAAGCUCGUAUAUCAGUUAAACUAUUAAACAAUGAAGAAGCAACAAGUUUAUGUAUAAUAACGUUUACUGAUGAUCCAGCAACACCAUAUAUUGUAGUCGGUACAACAAUUGGAUUUGAGAAUGAUGAUGACGAACAAAGAUUAGGUCGUUUAAUUUUAUUUCGUUAUAAAAAUAAUCAAUUAAAUAUGAUUACUGAAAAAGAAAUAAAUAGUUCACCAUAUAAAAUAUUACCAUUUCAAGGCAAAUUACUUGUUGCUAUUGGUAAUUCAGUAAGAUUAUAUAACUUUUCAGUAGAAAAACAGGAAUUAAUACAGCAACCAGAAUCCUACACGGGUCGUAUGAAAUGUUUAGAAUUAAAAAUUAAAGAUGAUUUUAUUUUAUUCAGUGAUCUAUUAGGAUCAUUAACAAUUCUUCGUUAUAAUAUCAAUGAAAAUAAAUUUGAAGAAAUUGCUCGUAGUAUUUAUCCACAAUUAACAACUGCAUGUGAGUUUAUUGAUGAUGAUACAUUUAUCUGUUCCGAAAGUGAUGGAAAUUUAAUUUCAUAUAAUAAAAAUAGUGAUUCAACGAAAGAACAGGAAAGAACUAUACUAAAUGAACUUGGUUUAUAUCAUUUAGGAGAAGAAAUUAAUACAUUUCGACAUGGUUGUCUUGUUACACAACAAACAACUGAAUCAACAAUUUCACUUGAAAAUUGUAUAUUAAUGGGUGCUAUAUCUGGUUAUAUCGGUCUUGUUCUACAAUUACCACCGACAUUAUAUCAAUUAUUGAUGUCAUUACAAUUAAUUUUAGCUGAAUAUGUGACAAGUAUUGGUAAAAUUGAUCAUAGUUCAUGGCGUUCAUUUCGAUCAGAUGGACGUUCAAAUGUUUCAUAUGGUUUUAUUGAUGGUGAUCUUAUUGAAACAUAUCUUGAUCUACCCAAAACCGUUCAACUUGAACUUAUUACAAAUUCACAUAAAGGAAAUAAUAUUCAAUUGAAUACAACUGUUGAAGAAUUAGUCAAAUUGAUUGAAGAACUUUCACGAAUACAUUGA